AUGGGCAAGGAGAAGACCCACAUCAACAUCGUGGUCAUUGGCCACGUGGACUCAGGCAAGUCCACCACAACCGGCCACCUCAUCUACAAAUGUGGGGGCAUCGACAAAAGGACCAUCGAGAAGUUUGAGAAGGAGGCGGCUGAGAUGGGAAAGGGCUCCUUCAAGUACGCCUGGGUACUGGACAAGUUGAAGGCCGAGCGAGAACGUGGCAUCACCAUAGACAUCUCCCUCUGGAAGUUCGAGACCAGCAAGUACUACAUUACCAUCAUUGAUGCGCCGGGUCACCGAGACUUCAUCAAGAACAUGAUCACUGGCACAUCCCAGGCUGACUGCGCAGUGCUGAUCGUGGCUGCGGGUGUGGGUGAGUUUGAGGCGGGCAUCUCCAAGAACGGACAGACACGGGAGCACGCCCUGCUGGCCUACACACUGGGCGUGAAGCAGCUCAUCGUGGGCAUCAACAAGAUGGACUCCACGGAGCCGCCCUACAGCGAGAAGCGAUAUGAGGAGAUUGUUAAGGAGGUCAGCGCUUACAUCAAGAAGAUCGGCUACAAUCCGGCCACCGUGCCCUUUGUCCCCAUCUCCGGCUGGCAUGGUGACAACAUGCUGGAGCCCUCGCCCAAUAUGCCAUGGUUCAAGGGCUGGAAAGUGGAGCGAAAGGAAGGCAAUGCCAGUGGUGUGUCCCUGCUCGAGGCCUUGGACACCAUCCUUCCCCCCACACGCCCCACUGACAAGCCCCUGCGCCUGCCGCUACAGGACGUGUACAAGAUUGGUGGCAUUGGCACAGUGCCCGUGGGCCGCGUGGAGACAGGCAUCCUACGCCCCGGCAUGGUAGUGACCUUCGCACCUGUGAACAUCACCACUGAGGUCAAGUCUGUGGAGAUGCACCAUGAAGCACUGAGUGAGGCUUUGCCUGGGGACAAUGUCGGCUUCAAUGUAAAGAACGUGUCUGUCAAGGACAUCCGCCGGGGAAACGUAUGUGGGGACAGCAAGUCUGACCCACCACAGGAGGCUGCUCAGUUCACCUCCCAGGUCAUCAUCCUGAACCACCCUGGACAGAUCAGCGCUGGUUACUCACCCGUCAUCGACUGCCACACCGCCCACAUUGCCUGUAAGUUUGCGGAGCUGAAGGAGAAGAUUGACCGCCGCUCUGGCAAGAAACUGGAGGACAACCCUAAGUCUCUGAAGUCAGGUGAUGCGGCCAUCGUGGAGAUGGUUCCAGGCAAGCCCAUGUGUGUGGAGAGCUUCUCCCAGUACCCACCUCUCGGCCGCUUCGCCGUGCGCGAUAUGCGGCAGACGGUAGCUGUGGGCGUCAUCAAGAACGUGGAAAAGAAGAGCGGUGGAGCUGGCAAGGUCACUAAAUCGGCGCAGAAGGCGCAGAAGGCUGGCAAGUGA